GAGAGGAAGAGCCCUGCAGCGCUGAAGCAUGAGUACGGAUGCCAGCCAGGUGGUGAUCACUACUCCCCCCGCAGCCACCAUGCCCCAUAAGGAGAGGUACUUUGAUCGCAUCAAUGAAAACGACCCGGAAUAUAUCCGCGAGAGGAACAUGUCUCCUGACCUGAGGCAGGACUUCAACAUGAUGGAGCAAAGGAAGAGGGUCACGCAGAUCCUCCAAAGCCCGGCUUUUAGAGAAGAUUUGGAAUGCCUUAUUCAAGAACAGAUGAAGAAGGGCAAUAACCCAACUGGACUGCUUGCGCUACAGCAGAUUGCUGAUUACAUUACAGCAAGCUCUUUUGCAGGUUUUUCCUCAUCUUCACUCAGCCAUGGAAUGGUUACACCCAUCAACGACCUAGCUGGAAUCGAUACCUCCUCCUUCGUUAAGGGAGAAAAACUCACUCGCUGCAAGCUAGCCAGUUUAUACAGAUUGGCCGACUUGUUUGGGUGGGCACAUUUGCCAAACUCCUAUAUCACAGUAAGAGUAAGCAAAGAGCAUGACCACAUUCUAAUCAUUCCAAGAGGUCUCUCUUUUUCUGAAGCAUCAGCUUCUAAUUUGGUCAAGGUAAACAUCCUAGGAGACGUAGUUGACCAGGGAAGUACAACUCUAAGUAUUGACAGCGCCGGAUUCAGUCCACACGUGGCCAUCUACUCCACACGACCAGACGUGAGAUGUGUGAUACACAUACACACCCCUGCAACAGCAGCUGUUUCGUCAAUGAAAUGUGGUAUCCUUCCCAUAUCACAAGAGGCUCUGAUUCUGGGAGAUGUUGCUUAUUACAAUUACCAGGGGUCUCUUGAUGAGCAGGAAGAGAGAAUUCAGCUUCAAAAAGUGCUUGGACCCAGUUGCAAGGUAUUGGUCUUGAGAAACCAUGGUGUGGUAGCCCUGGGAGAGUCACUGGAAGAAGCAUUUCACUAUAUUUUCAAUGUGCAGCUGGCCUGUGAAACACAGGUGCACGCAUUAGCUGGCGCGGGUGGGGUGGACAAUCUGCUGGUCCUGGACGUGCAGAAGUUCAAGCCUCUCACGCACGCGCUGGCGGCGGCCGGAGGAGGAGGAGUCAACAUGGCCUCCCAGCAGAAGUGGAAAGUUGGGGAGCAGGAGUUUGAGGCUCUCAUGAGGAUGCUAGACAACCUGGGGUACCGAACUGGCUAUGCCUACAGGCAACCACUAGUCAGAGAAAAGCCCAGGCACAAGAGCGAUGUCGAGAUCCCGGCCACGGUGACGGCCUUCUCCUUCGAAGAUGAUACAGUCCCGCUCUCCCCCCUCAAAUUCCUGGCCCAAAGACAACAGAGGGAGAAGACAAGAUGGCUGAACUCUCCAAAUACCUACUUGAAAGUGAACGUGCCUGAGGAGUCGUGGAACGGAGAAGCCAGUCCCAGGACUAAGAUCACGUGGAUGAAAGCUGAUGACUCCUCCAAGACUAGUGGAGGGACACCAAUCAAAAUUGAAGAUCCCAACCAAUUUGUUCCUUUAAACACAAAUCCAAACGAAGUGUUGGAAAAGAGAAAUAAGAUUCGGGAGCAGAACAGAUACGACCUCAAGACAGCAGGACCCCAGUCCCAGCUGCUUGCUGGGAUUGUUGUGGAUAAAAAGCCGAGCCCACCAAUGCAGUUUGAGGAGGACGAGCACGCGCCACCAGCACCCCCCAACCCCUUCAGCCACCUCACGGAACGGGAGCUGGAAGAGUACAAGAAAACAGUGGAGCGCAAGCAGCUGGGGCUGGAAGAUGCUGAACAGGAAUUAUUCUCAGAUGACGGUUCAUCUGUGUCACAAAUUCAGUCACAAACUCAGUCCCCGCAAAAUGUCCCAGAAAAAUUAGAAGCAAACCACGAAGACCUGUACACGCAGGGGGCCAACCUGGUGUCUGCGGAGGCGCCCGUCGUGGUGGUCAAUGGCAAAGACGACGCGCACGACGUGGAAGAAGAGCUCACCAAGAGGGUGAGCCAGCUGACCACGAGCAGUACUGUGGAGAGCGUAGAGAUCACCAUCAAGAGCUCUGAGAAGAUCGAAGAGGCCCUGUCCCCUGAGGGGUCACCUUCCAAAUCGCCCUCCAAGAAGAAGAAGAAAUUCCGUACUCCAUCUUUUCUGAAAAAGAAUAAAAAGAAGGAGAAAGUAGAAGCGUAAGUGCAGUUCUGUUGGGAGGAGACAUUGCACAUUUUAAACAUUUAAGUUGACCAUUAACAGAGUAGUGAUGGGGGGGCGGGAGGGGUGCAGUAACUGGACUUUUAACC